GUUGUUCUAGAGAUGAAGAGAUAAUGGGCCGAGUUAUGAAGAUGGAGAAAGAAUUUCAAACAUUUAGAGACGACAUUCAUGUUGCAGUGAAGUUGAUCAUAGAAGAAGUGAAAGCAACUAGAGUUGACGCAUUGUCAAGGGAGCAACUUGCUGAAGUGAAAAAGGACGAUAAGAAGGAUGAGGUUGAAAAGGUGAAAGCAUCUAUAGUUGACUUGUUUUCAACGGAAGCAGCCUAUCAGAGGGAAAAGGACAAUCAGAAAGAUGAGGUUGAAAAAUCAAGUGAGCCCAUUCCGCCUACCUCCGAAGGUGUCAAGACUCAAUGGUUAGGUGUUAAUAUUUGAGACUGAGGCAAAAUUUGGAGAUGGCCUUUCAGAUGACAGCUGUUCUAAAUCUCCUUCUGUCAAUGUUAUGAAAAAGGCUCAUGGCAAGUAGGCGAACGCAUCUAAAGUCGAGAAAUUCAUGCUUUUGAGUGAUUAAAGUGUAGCUGCUACUGAUGGUUGUUCCAAGACUGGGAAGGGGCGAAAGUGAGGUGGACUACGUAGUGUGUCUAAAUUGAAGCCCUACAAAAAAGUUUGGCAGAAGUGACCAGAACCUUCUGAU